AUGGGCCUCGGGCACCGGGCUCAGCGACACCGCUUCCGACUGGAGCACACGAAGACGCUGAUGACUUUGACCUUCCUGAGCUAUCUCAAGGUGAAGGAGCGCGUUCCGGGACCGGCCCUGGUGGUCGUGCCUUUGAGCUGCGCUGGGAAUUGGCUGCGCGAGGCGAGAAAGUUCGUCCCGCAUCUCUCGAUUGCAAAGGUUUGCGGCAACAGCAAAGAGAAGUCCUUGAGUCUGGACGACAACGAGAUCUGGUUCGGGAUGAAGGACAUCAUCGUUACGACCUACGAGACAGUGGCAAACAUAGAGAACUACUUCGGGCGGAUGUUCUGGAAGGCCGUCAUCUUGGACGAGGCGCAUCGUGCAAAGAACUCUGCGAGCCGAAUCCGGGAGGCCUUGGAAGAGACACGCAGCGCGUGCCGAAUUCUAUUGACCGGCACGCCGCUCCAGAACAGCUUGAAAGAGCUCCACGCUCUGCUUAAGUUCCUGUGGCCGGACGUGCUGGCGAAGCAGUCCGAGAUGUUUGAGAACGCCAUCCAGCUGCCCGAGCUGGCGCAGAAGGCUGAGAAGGCUUGCAUCAACCAGGUCAUGGUCGAGAAGAUCCGUGGGCUGCUGGCUCUCAGCAUGAAGCGGCGCAAGAAGGAGGAGGUGCUGUCGCUGCCGCCCAAGACUUUCCACGACGUCUGGCUGCCAAUGUCUCCACUCCAGGUGCAGUGGUACCGCCGGAUCCUGUCUCUCAAGAACACGCAGAUGUCCAGAG